AUGCCCAUCGAGAAGGCGGCAGAGAUGGUACGGGAGGUGGAGCAGAAUCUGCAGUCCAGUGCAGCAGGAGCAGCAGACCAGGUGCGGGACAACCCGCCGUGUCCGCAGGUCCCCCACCGAUUUGCGGCACAAAUGACAUUCGUGUCCACAGACUCAGGUUAUCCCGCAAAAGGGCCCGGCUUCUUUGCGCAGGAUGUGGACUUGAAAGCUAUGCGAAUGGAAACAAUUCGGCCCUUCCUUGGCAAGAUUAAGGGCAUGGACACCAAUUUGACCAUGCUGAGCAUAGGCAAUCAUUCCUGGGACCUCACAGGGGGCAAUCAGCCAAUGUGCCGUGUUCUGCCCAUGUUUGGAAAUCAGCGCUUCCACGACAUGUUUGCCUGGGCUGCGAAUCCAGCACUAGCGGAAUACGUGGGGCCGCACGUCGUGGCUGGACACAGCUGCGACCUGUGGCGCUUCCGGUUCGGGAGCAAGACCUUAAACCAAACCUUGUGCGCUGAUGGAAAUAUUCCAGUGGAGCUAGUGAUUUCCAUCAACAACUCCAGUGGCACAAAGGUAAAGAAGCUGCUGGCCAGCUACCAGUUCAGCCAAGUGACUUCUCAGGUCGAUCAGACUCUCUUGGAGAAACCUUCCAUCUGCGACAGCUUGGCCCCGCCGUGCGAGAAGGGGCGAGAUGUUGGGCCGGUGACUGUGGAUGCAUACGUCUUCCACCCUGGCAUCUCAGCAGUUGACUACAACAUAGAGGAUCAGAAUGUGGCGGAUUUGCGAGGCGAUGCGCUUUUCAUUUGCAUGGACUGCCUCCAGAAUCAGAGCUCCUUCAUUGACCACAACUACACACGGAUCUCUCGCUACACGCUGCAAAUGUCGCCAGCAUUUGGCCAGUAUGCGCUUUGCAAUGGCUAUCCGGACACCGUGCCGCCUGGUCCGGAGUGUCUUGGUGGGGAUCCCCGUCUGGUUGGAAAGGAAGCGCCUUUCUUCGCUGGCGAUGGAGAAAACAGGUGCUCGGCUGACAGCUCCAUUGGUUUCUGGUAUGGCCUGCCGAAGGCUGGCCACUGCUCGGCCGGCGAAGUCCCCAAGAAGGGCGCGUGGGAGUCGGGCUGUACCUGGUCGAUUCUGAAGCGGCACAAGACCAUCAAACAGACUUGCCUGCUCAACGACCACCACUACCUCACCUUCUGCCAAGCAGACUUCAAAGAGGGCAAAGGCUUUCCAAGGAGUGAGGCAGCACUGCUUGCGGCAUUCAGCUCUGAAGAUCCCUCGAAGGGAGGUUGUGCAGACAUCGGCGGGUUUCCCGAGAGGCUGCUCGUGUCAGCCACCUGUGGCACAUGGCCAAAAGGAAGAAGCGGCACGCCAGAAGAUCUUGCAGCUACGGGAGCACGCGCAGCGGGCUCGCCGAAUGACCCAAGACUCCCUCAGGACGUUAGCGAGCUGGACAUGCCCAUUUUCAAGGAUCGCACUUUCCUCCUAGCGGUGUCCGUUGUGCACUGCUGCGCCGUGAAGAGGAAAGUCUUCUCGCAUGAGUUCCUUGCGACGGCUCAGCUGCUCCCAAAGCAACAUGAGCCCAAGGGCUCACAGAGCCGCUCCAAGGCGUCCUCGGGAACUCCAGAACUUCCGAAGCCCCUGUCCUUGCUUUUCCAGGCAAUUCCUGGCCGUCUGAAUUGGCAGCCAAAGCCGUACAUGGCACUGGUGCGCAUGCUGCUGGAAGUGGUUCACGCAGAAGCCAUGCCGCCUUUCGCCCAUGCAGCUGCUCACAAGGUGGCCUCGACUGCCAUGCAGGCUGCCGCUUCCCAAGUGCGCAAAGUCCUUCAAGAGGCGCAGUGUGCAGAGGAUGCUGGCGCUUGGCUCGUUGAUGUCUUCUGUGAGGAGUGGGAGCAGCAUAAGGCGGGCUUGCCUCACCUGCCAGAGUUUUUUGCAGACCCACGGCGCCUGGCCCCGCCUGAAGGUGCUGUUGGUGUGGGGAGGCGGUCGUCGAUGCAACGACCAAGCAUCGUGGUUGCCGCGCAGCAUGCUGUGCGGAGUCUCCUGAUGUGCAGGAGGCUGGUGCGAAGCCUUCCUGGUGCCGUGCCAAAGGCAGAGGAACAACCAGGAGGUCCACAGUGGCUGCGGUACAGUGACGAGCCACUGCCAAUUCAGUUGCCGAUGGAGGCUUCCGGGCGCCUUCGCGAAGGUGGGGUUGUGGACCUCCACAACUACACUUGCUCUGCCGGCAAUGGUUUGCAGGGAGACGGCCGGCUCGUGGAUGCAGGAGGGGUGCUGUCGGGUCCUUUCUGGCCUUUAUGGGAUCUUCAUGGUGCACGUGCCAUCGAAGACUUCAGGAAAAAAUGCGUGAAGCUGCUGGAAACUUUCAACCCGAAAGUCACCACGGUAGAUGCCUACAUGGACGAUGCCAAGUUCUUGGAAGAUCCCAUGAUUGGAGACGUGGAGCUCAAGUUUAUUCAUCAAGUAUUCUACGGCUGCCAUCGCUAUGGCAAGCUUCUGAAGCUUUUCGUCACGAGCUUUGCCUUCAGGGUCCCAGCCAUCGCCGUUAGAUCAGAGCAAAGCUUGUACCAAGUCCUGGCCUACCUUCUCUUCUUCAGGCUUGAUGAAAUGGGCUUGCAAGAUUUUCGAAAGUUCAUUUUCUGUGGCUAUGGAAGUCCUCCAGCCAUCUUCGCGCUCAUGCAAUAUGCUCUGGAUCGGGAAGAGCUGAACAAUUGGGUCAUGCAGGAAUGGCUGAAGCACUAUGACCCAGAAUAUUUGGACGAGGACGUGCUUGGAAAACUUCAUCGCCGAGCCGAGGAUUUGAAGCCGAUGAUGGAGGAAAUUCAGCUCAAAGCGACGGGUGUUGCAAAGUCUGGUGGUCAGCGUGGACCCGGCACAGUGAAGUCUGACAAGAAACUCACCGAGUUCGAGCCGUUCAAUCUCACGGCCGUGAAGCCGAGGUUGAUCCCUGAGCCGGAGAGUUCUGUGCUCAAGGACUUGACUGCGCAUCCUGUACCCGCGCACAUCAAUCGGACAAGCCUGGCGGCGAUAGAGGAGGCGAGAAAAAGGCAGCGUGAGGAAGAGAAGGCAAGAGUUGCUGCGAAGUACUCGGUUGACGAUGAGUUCAUUUUUGAGACCGCCGGUCGGCGAGACCAUGAAACGAUCAGGAUGCAGCUUCAAGAGGAUGCAGACAAGAAGACCAUGGCUGAGUGCACAUUCCAGCCAAAAUCCAAGAAACGCAUCAUGCCAGCAGAGGAUGCUACGGUGCGGCAGAACACCACGCAAGUCCUUCGAGAGGAUGCUCGAGUGAGACAGACAAUGCUGGCGGAGCACGACUUGCUCAAACAGUAUGAGGCUGAACUACAUGAUGCCUCAGAGUUUUACGCGUGGCAGGAUCGCAUGAGGAAGAAGGACUUUCUUGAGGAGGAGGCCCGCACGAAGGAGCGCAUCAUCCAGACGCAACUGGCAAGAGACGUCGCUGCAGAAGCGCAUGAAGCAGCAACAAGGAUGAAAUCCAUCCAAGCCGAGUUUCAGAAGAAAGACCUGCAAGUACAACUCGAGGCCAAAGAACGAGAGUAUGAGGCUGAUCUCGAGCAGAAGCAGAAAGUUGUGGAGCAGACAACUGAAGACAGAGAGAAGGCCCGCAUUGCUGAGCAGGAGGUUCUCGUAAUCAAGCAGGAGCAUGCUGAGCAGCGACGCAGAGAGAAGGAGGUAGAUUUGGCCAAGAAGAAAAAGGAAGAGGACUACGAGAUGGAGCGCAAGAAAGAGCUCAUUCGCCAAAUUCGAGCUUUGGAGCGUGCUCCGCGUGAGACAGCGAAGGUCUUCGACCGUGCUGAGGCCCCCGCCCAGGGAUUCCUGGAGGAGAUGUCCUUCGCUGAGCUGAAGGAACGGCUGAUUGUGGUGCAACAGCAGCACGAGAGGCGCGUGGAGGCGAAGCGCGAAAGGCAGUUGGCCAAGAAGGAGCUCUUCGAUUUUUGGGGAAUCGGCAGCAAAACGGUCCACGACGGAGUUCUGUACGUUCUCGCACUACAGCAGCGGGAGCAUCGCAUCGUGACAGGGCGAGGAAUACGAACGCUUCUGCCGGAUGACGCCUGCCAGAGCAUACUGGGGGAUGCUAGCAGAUGUCUAAAGCAUGGCGAUGUGGAUGCAGCGGUUGAAAUGGUGGCACGCGGAAUUGUCAAUGCCAUCUGGUGGCGGAAAGUCUGGCGCCGACUGAGGCCGAUUGCUCUAGGUGUGACACUGGCCCUUUUCGUUUGGGCUUGGAUUGUGUGGCGUCGAUGCCGUGAACGAAAGCAAGCAUACGCUGAACGAGCAAGCCGCUUGAAACGGCUUGUGGAUACACUGGCUGAAAGAUCGUCCAGUGAGAACCUCGAGACCACUGUCUGUCCCGUUUGUCUGGAUUGCUUGAGCGACAAGGCCCUACGUGCCACGGAUUUUCUCGACCCCAAGAGGCAGACAGGCGUGGUUGGCGAUGUCGAGCUGCUAAGGUGCGGGCAUCUGGCUCAUGAGCGCUGCGUGUCGAAAUGGUUAAGCCACUCCAGCACCUGUCCUCUAUGCAGAGCCGACGGUCCUCGCUUGAGAUCAGGGACAGCGCCGGUUGUUCUCAACUUGGCCUCGGCAGAUACAGUGCGGCAGCUCCGAGAAGCCUUAGACCGGCAGUUCCAAGAUCUCGGGGCGUCCGAGCAACAGGAGCUGUGGCAGCAGCACUUCGAGGGCCUGUCUUCGUCCGACACCAGCAGCACUUUGCCCCACUUCGAUGGCCUGUCUUCGUCCGACAUCAGCAGCACUUUGCCCCAUGAUGUGGAUCCUGUGACGGUGGAGGAGGUGCGGGUGGAAGCUGGUAGUAGCACCGGCAAGAUGCUGAAAG